CCACUUUAAACAGAGGUAGAAUGCUGCGCUACGCUGUGGCCCUCUGUCUCCUGGCCGUGUCCUCGGCACAGGACUGCCAGGUGGCCAACAUCCAGGUCAUGCAGAACUUUGACAGGACAAAGUAUGCAGGGACUUGGUACGCCGUCGGAAAGAAGGACCCAGAAGGUUUAUUCUUACUCGACAACAUCGUAGCCAACUUUCAAAUCGACGGUGAAGACGGCAAAAUGACGGCCACUGCUGAGGGCAGAGUUAUCAUUCUCAACCAGUGGGAAAUGUGUGCCAGCAUGUUUGCCACCUUUGAGGAUACCGCUGACCCUGCCAAGUUCAGGAUGAGGUACUGGGGAGCUGCAUCCUACCUGCAGACUGGAAACGAUGACCAUUGGGUGAUUGACACCGACUAUGAGAACUACGCCAUCCACUACUCCUGCAGACAAAUCGACUCUGACGGCACUUGCCUGGACAGCUACUCCUUUAUAUUCUCUCGUCAACCGACCGGUUUGAGGUCGGAGGACCAGAGCAAUGUCCUCCAGAAGAAGACGGACCUCUGCCUGCAGGGCAAAUACAGACGCGUUCCCCACACGGGCUUCUGCGAGGCCGCCAGCCAAUCUGUCACUCCGAGAACUGUUCAAUGAAGCCCCGCCCCCCCCGGGGACUGUGUACCACCACCGCCUGCUUGUCUUGGAUUGAAUCCCAACAGAGUUCUCUCUCCUCUGCUGUUUUUGUAGGAAGUAGCCCGUUCUUCUUUAAACAUGUUCUAUGGAUGGCUAUAAACUGUCACAUUUUCAUCAUGUAAAUAGAAAUGAAAGAUGAAUGUUGCUGGUUUAUUGUCAUUAUCCCAAAAUGACCCAACUAGUGAAGAACAUGAUUCAUGUCUUUGUAUAAAAAUGUCAGAGUUGUGUAAAACAACCUUCCUCAUGGAAACCAGUGGAACUUGACUGGUUCCAGUGAGAAUAAAAAAAAUAAAAUAAAAAUCUCUUUUAUGAGUGAAGCUUAAACUCUGAGCUCAGAACCAGGUUCACAAGUCACUGACUUUGCUUUUACACUGAAAACAUACAUCUUGGAGCACAAAGCAGUUAUUGUUAAUAAACCUUCAUACAUAAUAAGUUGUGUGAUAUCUAGGCAUAGCAGUUUGGCUGAUACUUGAUUAUAUGAUGUAUACUUUAUCUGUAUUACAGGAUUGCAAAUUAUGAAUUCAUGUUGCUGGCCUUUGGAUUCAGUCAAUCAAAAUACAUCAAAAUCCAAGUACAUGCAGAAUUUAGUGGUUUUUGGUCUUUUAACAUUUAAAAAGCAAUGAUAUGAAAGGAGCUUCUAGCAAAAGCUUCCUACACUGUAACUGACCACCUAACAUAACACAUUGCACGUUUUUAAUGGAAUGUAUAUUAACUAUGUUUAAUAUUAUUUUGACAUUUUAAUGUAUAUAUAAUAAACGUUUUUUGUGUCAUGGGUUUAAAAUACCUC